CCCGAAGGAGUUCUUGGUCGCUGUGCGGUCAGUUUCCGCAUCAACAUCGCCUCUGGUCAGUGUCCGGUGGCGGUUCACUCGAGCCGCUCAAUCACGCCCCAUAUUCCAGUUUAGCGCGUGAGCCUCAGCUCGACCCAGUUCAAUCCAGGUGGCAACGUCAUUUUUCCGCGGGUUCCAGUAUCAUGUCGGCUCCUACCCUGACUUUGGACAACCUCAAUCCUUGCGUUAAGCGCAUGGAAUAUGCGGUUCGUGGCCCUUUAGUCAUCCGGGCCACGGAACUCGAAAAAGAAAUUGAAAAGGGCGUGAAAAAGCCAUUCCCCGAUGUCAUCAAGGCCAAUAUCGGGGACGCUCAUGCCAUGGGUAAUAAGCCCAUCACUUUCUUGCGUCAAGUCUUGGCUUUGGUCACCUAUCCCGAGUUGUUGAAGAGUGCGGAUUUCCCCGAAGACGCCAAGAACCGGGCCCAAACCAUUCUAGCCGGUUGCCGUGGCGGUAGUGCGGGUUCUUACAGUGACUCCGCCGGUAUUGAAAUCAUUCGUCGCCAUGUGGCCCAAUAUAUUGAGAAACGAGAUGGCGGCACUCCGGCCGAUUGGAACAACAUCAUUUUGAGCGCUGGAGCGUCCGAAAGCAUUCGGGCGGUUUUGAAAUUAAUGAUCAGCCUCGAAGGCGGCAAGUCCACCCCUGGUGUGAUGAUCCCCACUCCUCAAUAUCCCCUUUAUUCUGCUUCUCUGGCCGAAAUGAACAUGGAUCAGAUUGGUUAUUACUUGAACGAAGAAAAGAAUUGGGCUUUGGACAUAUCAGAAUUGGAGAGGGCCUUGAACGAAGCGAAAGAUCGUUGCACUCCCCGGGCUAUUGUCAUCAUCAAUCCCGGCAAUCCUACUGGCUCCGUGCUCUCUGAGCAAAAUAUCAAGGACGUCAUCAAGUUCGCUCACGAGAACCGAUUGUUUGUGUUUGCCGAUGAAGUGUAUCAAAACAAUGUCUACGCCGAGGGUUGUGCCUUCCACUCUUUCAAAAAGGUUAUGAUGCAAAUGGGAGAGCCUUACAGUCAUAUGGAGUUGGCAUCCUUUAUGUCCUGCUCGAAAGGUUAUAUGGGUGAAUGCGGUAUUCGUGGAGGCUAUGCCGAGAUUAUCAAUAUCGAUAAAGAUGUUCGAGCCAUGUUGAACAAAAGCAUUUCUGCCAAGCUGUGCCCGACCGUUAUUGGACAGGCCUGUAUGGAUGUGGUGGUUCACCCCCCAGAGAAAGGUGAUGCUUCCUACGAGAGUUUCAUCGCUGAAAAGGAGGCUGUAUUGGCCUCUCUGGCAGAACGUGCUAAACUUGUGGCAGACACCUUCAACUCGAUCGAAGGCUUUACUUGUAAUGUUGUCCAAGGAGCCAUGUAUGCUUUCCCUCAGUUGCAUCUUCCCGAAAAGGCCAUCGCUAAAGCAAAGGAACACAAUCAAAACCCAGAUGUGUUCUACGCAUUCCAAUUGUUAGAGAACACGGGAAUCUGCAUUAUUCCCGGAUCUGGCUUUGGCCAACGACCAAACACAUACCAUUUCAGGACCACCAUCCUACCUCAAAAGGAUAUGUUGAUCAGUAUGUUGGAUCGUUUGAAGACAUUUCACCUGAAGUUCCUGAAAGACUACUCUGACUGAUUUGAUGGACUUCUUCCAAAAUGUACCUGCCGCAAUGUCAGUCUGCGUUGCAGUAGUAGAAUGUGAAUUGCAGAUUAUGAAUUGCACAACCUAGGGCACACACACUCAUUGAAAGGUGUAGAAAAGAACACAGCUUUCAAAAUAAGAUGUUGUAGGUCAUGAACCAAAAUAAAGUUUCUUUCAGUAUCAAUGAAAUAUAUCAAUAAGUUUGCAAUAUAA